UCCCUCUGCCUGCCGCAGUGCUCCUGUUAGCCUCAGAGCAGAGAUGAGCUACACUUUGGACUCGCUUUACAACACCUCCGCCUACCGCAAGGUGCUCGGCGACCCGCAGAGAAAUGUCUCCAGGUCGACCGUCUCCCUUGCUUCUAGCGGCUUCCACUCCCAGCCCUGGUCCCGGGGAUCCACCACUUCCCCGUACCGUAGAGGGGUGGGCGGCUACAGCCAGAUCUCCUCCACGGACAGCCUGGACGGUUUCAACGGAGAGCCGCGAACCCGCAAUGAAAAGGAAGUGCUGCAGGCUCUCAACGACCGCUUCGCCGUCUACAUUGACAAAGUGAGGCAGCUGGAGAUCCAGAACAAGAACCUCGAGGCUGAGGCAGCCGCCCUGAGACAGAGCCAAGCCGGGAAGUCGGCUAUCGGGGAGCUCUAUGAGAGGGAGAUCGGCGACCUGAGGAACAUGGUGGUGCAGCUGAGCAACGAGAAAACGCAGGUGCAGCUGGAGCAGGAGCACAUCGAGGAGGACAUCCAGCAAGUCAAGCAGAGGUUCGAGGAUGAGGCCAGGGCGCGAGAGGAAGUGCAGGCGGCAAUCCGUGCCAUGACCAAGUACAUCGACGAGUCCGGGUUGAGCCGUUUGGAACUGGACAAAAAGCUGCAGUCCCUCCAAGAGGAAGCCGCUUUCCUCAAGAAGAACCACGAAGAAGAGGUGCGAGACCUGCUGUCCCAGAUCCACCGCUCGCAGGUCACCGUAGAUGUGAGGGAGUCCGUCAGGUCAGAUGUCACGAGUGCUCUGCGGGAGAUCCGAGCACAGCUGGACGGGCACACUUCAAAAACAACGCAGCACGCCGAGGAGUGGUUUCAAGUGCGUUUGGACAAGCUGUCAGAGGCAGCGAAGUACAACAGUGAUGCCAUUCGUAGUGCCCAGGACGAGAUUUCGGAGCAUCGUCGCCAGCUGCUGUCCCGCACUACCGAGAUGGAGACACUGAAGGGGACCAAAGAGUCCCUGGAGAGACAGCUAUCUGAGAUAGAGGAUCGUCACCAUGGAGACGUCACCUCCCUACAGGAAACCAUCCAGCAGCUGGACAACGAACUGAGAAGCACUAAGUGGGAGAUGUCAACCCAGCUAAGAGACUACCAGGACCUGCUCAAUGUGAAGAUGGCCCUGGACAUUGAGAUCGCAGCUUACAGGAAACUGCUGGAGGGUGAAGAGACCAGAUUCAGCACUGGGCCUGGUCCAUAUACCUACAUUGAGAGCCAUACUAAAAUUGCAAGCUCAUCAGGCCAUCUCAAGAUCAAAACUGAAGACAAAGUUAAAGCAGCAGAGAAAUCUGAUGCUGUCAUCGUAGAGGAGCAGACUGACGAGACUCAAGUCGAAGUGACAGAGGGUGGGGAGGAGACAGAGAAAGAGGGAGAGGCAGAAGAGGAGAAGGCUGCGGAAGAAGCCAAAUCAGAGGGAGAGGAAGAAGAGGGAAAAGAGGAUGAGGAAGAAGAGGGAGAAGUGGGGAGGGAAGCUGAGGAAGGAGGAGAAGAAGCUGCAGAGGAGGAGGAGGAGAAGGAAGCCAAAUCUCCAGAAGCUGAGGAGGAGGCCAAAGCUAAGUCUCCUGAGGUAAAGGCUCCUGAAGCAUCUCCUAUUGAAGACAAAUCCAAGUCCAUAGAGCCAAAAUCUCCUGAAGCAGAUAAAUCCAAAUCCCCGGAGCCAAAAUCUGUGGAGGAAAAAACUAAAUCUCCUACUGAGGAAGAAGCAAAAUCUCCCGAGGCAAAAUCUCCCACAGAAGAAAAAUCUAAAUCCGCAGAGGGAAAAUCACCUGCAGAAGAGAAAUCUAAAUCCCCAGAGGCAAAAUCACCUGCAGAAGAGAAAUCAAAAUCUCCCGAGGCAAAAUCCCCCACAGAAGAAAAAUCUAAAUCUGCAGAGGGAAAAUCACCUGCAGAAGAGAAAUCUAAAUCCCCAGAGGCAAAAUCACCUGCAGAAGAGAAAUCAAAAUCUCCCGAGGCAAAAUCCCCCACAGAAGAAAAAUCUAAAUCUGCAGAGGGAAAAUCACCUGCAGAAGAGAAAUCUAAAUCCCCAGAGGCAAAAUCACCUGCAGAAGAUAAAUCAAAAUCUCCCGAGGCAAAAUCCCCCACAGAAGAAAAAUCUAAAUCCGCAGAGGGAAAAUCACCUGCAGAAGAGAAAUCUAAAUCCCCAGAGGCAAAAUCACCAGCACAAGAGAAAUCUAAAUCCCCAGAGGCAAAAUCACCUGCAGAAGAAAAAGCUAAGUCCCCACAGGAAGAGCAACCCAAAGCCAAGGUGACACCACCCAAAGAAGACAAAAAGGAGGAGCCAGAACCUGAGAAAGAAGAGAAGCCUGAGAGUAAGAAAGAAGAGAAAGAGAAGCCAAAGGAAAAGGAGACUGUGAAGAAGGCAGAGACAAAGGAGGAGGAAAAGGAGAGCAAGCCAGCUGAGUCACCAAAGAAAGCACAGCCUCUGAAGAUACCCACUAAACCAGAGGAGAAGGAGAAAGAGCCUGUAAAGGAGAAACCCAAACCUGAGGCUGAGGAAAGAGAGGCUGCCUCAAAGGUUGAUGAAAAAGAGAAAGCUUCUCCCAAAAAAGAGGAAAAAGAGAAAGCCACCCCCAAGGCCGAGGAGAAAGAGAAGGCUACCCCAAAGGAAGAAGUAAAGGAAAAGAAGGAAGCACUCAAGACAGAAAAAAAGGAGAAACCCAAGAAGGAAGACAAACCCAACGAAGAUGUGAAGCCAGUAGAAAAGAAAGAGGAAUCUAAGAAAGCUCCUGAGAAAGAAGAGAAGAAACCAGAGGCCAAGAAAGAGGAAAAGAAGGCAGAGCCUAAGAAAGAAGUGAAGAUAGAGGAGACAAAAAAGGAGGAGAAGAGAGAGCCCAAGAAAGAAGAAGACAAGGCCAAACCUGAGAAGAAGGAGACUGCAAAGUCUCCCAAAAAGGAGGCGGCUGCAGACACCAAGACCCAGAAAACAGAGAAGUCCUCCAGCACUGAUGAGAAGGAGACCAAGACUGCAGAGAAGUUUGGAGAGGAAAUAGCCAAGAAGUAAGAGAAAAGUGACAGAAUUAUGGGUUAAUGGUAGGGGAACAAACACCAAAGAACAUUAACAGGGAGAGUAGGAUAGGUUAAUUCAGUAUCUAAAUGACACUGAAAAGAUGAGCCCCUGCUUUUUAAAGGCAGGCAAGUGAGUAAGCAACAUUGUUUCUCUAGCAAAUAAAACAUGAAAACAUGAUGGCCAAAUAUUU